AUGUCGGAUUCCUCUGUCACCCUCCUGGUCUGCAUCUUCGUUAUCGGAAUCGCUUUAGUGACAGUACUUGUCACUUCAGCUGCGCUGUAUUGUGAGAAGGACCUCGAUGAAGCUUCAGACAUCGGGUCCGUAGAUGGCGACGCCAUCGAGUUGGGCAACCUGGAGGAGUUCGUGGCCGGCGAAGGGGAUGAAUUCCCCAUGCGGUACGACGGUCACCAUGCAUGGGAGAUUCUCGACCAAGAUUAUCUUGCAACGCCAGCUCCGACCCACACGGGAAGCUCCCGCCGUGACGGGAUGUACAUCACCAACCUACCGGCUCUCGAAUUCUCAGCGAUCGAACUCUGGCCCGGCGACCCGUCGCAAGGCUUGAUCAUCGCCCCGGUGGAGCCGACCACGGAUGACCCCCCACCCUACGAGCCAACACAGGCAUCGGCCCCUCGUCCUUCAUUCGCCUAG